UCACCGCUGAGCUCGUCUUGUUAUGAGCGUGUUACUUUUGUCGUCAAUCCCUCGCUUUCUUGCAAGUCAAAAAAACCCAAACAUUUAGCUCUUGUUGGCUCACUGUAUUUUCCUCGCACAAUGGACAGUGAAAUGUCUGAUAUUGAGCAUGGACCUGGACCUCAAACAAAUUAUAUGGAAGGGGAGAAUGCACCACUGUACUGCAUUUGCAGGAAACCUGACAUUAAUUGUUUUAUGAUUGGAUGUGAUUACUGCAACGAAUGGUUCCAUGGACACUGCAUAAACAUUACCGAGAAACAGGCCAAAGCAAUACGUCAGUGGUAUUGUAUGAAGUGCAGAGAGGAAAAUCCCUUAUUAGAAAUAAAGUUCAGGUCCAAGAAAAACCGUGAUAAGGAUGCAGACUAUGACAACAGAUCGGACAAACAGUACAGCACACCGAGCACUCCAGACUACAGACUGGAAAGGCGACGAGGAUCAAAGGUAAAGCGAUCUGUGCGUAUGUGUGGUGAAUGUGAGCCAUGCCGAAGGACAGAAGACUGUGCUCAAUGUGACUUCUGCAAGGAUAUGAAAAAGUUUGGGGGCCCAAACAAAAUCAGACAGAAAUGCAGGUUUCGACAAUGUGAAGUGCGAGCCAGGAAAAUGCUGCGUGUGAAAGAGGAGGAAAUGUCAUUGAGGGAAAGAAGAGAGAAUUCCCAUCACAGACGACGUCAUUAUUCUGACGAUUAUGACAGUGAGGCUGAUCUGUACCAACAGUAUAAAGCAGCAGGAAAAUAUGACAUGGCAUGGGCCAGUGAUGACGAUGAUGAACCACCUUUUAGUCCAGUGAUGCGUAAAAAAGCUGUCAAAGUCAAGCAUGUUAAGAGAAGAGAAAAGAAAAUCGACAAGAAGAAAGAGUCACGGCGUCACAAGCAGAAACAAAAGCAUAAGGACCGGAAUAGGCACAGUGAAAGGGGAGAAAGAGGAGAUAAUGGUGGUCUGCGACAAUGUCUUGGCCCCAACUGUGUAGAGGCAGCAAGACCCAACUCCAAAUAUUGCUCUGAGGACUGUGGCAUGAAGUUGGCUGCAAAUCGGAUUUAUGAGAUCCUGCCUCAGAGAAUCCAGCAGUGGCAGCAAAGUCCUUGUAUUGCAGAGGAACAUGGUAAAAAGCAACUGGAGCGGAUCCGGAGAGAGCAGCAAAAUGCUCGUCUGCGCCUCACAGAAAUGGAACGACGAUUUCACGAACUGGAAGGAAUUAUUGCCAAAGCUAAACAGCAGGCUGUACAGCAAGAUGAAGAAGUAAAUGAAGGGGAUAGUGAGGAUACAGAUCUACAGAUAUUCUGUGUCUCAUGUAGCCAUCCAGUAAAUCCAAAGGUGGCAUUGAGACACAUGGAGCGAUGCUAUGCUAAGUAUGAGAGUCAGACAUCUUUUGGUUCAAUGUAUCCCACAAGAAUUGAAGGUGCUACCAGACUGUUUUGUGAUGUAUACAAUCCCCAAAGCAAGACUUACUGCAAACGGCUUCAGGUCUUGUGCCCAGAACAUUCAAGGGAUCCCAAGGUACCGGUAGACGAGGUAUGUGGAUGUCCUCUUGUAAAAAAUGUAUUUGAGCUAACUGGAGAAUACUGCAGAGUCUCAAAAAGAAAAUGCAAUAAGCAUUAUAACUGGGAAAAGCUCAGAAGAGCUGAGGUAGACUUGGAGCGUGUCAGAGUGUGGUACAAACUGGAUGAACUGUUUGAACAGGAACGUAAUGUAAGAACAGCUAUGACCAACAGAGCUGGACUGCUUGCCUUGAUGCUGCACCAAACAAUUCAGCAUGACCCUUUGACUACUGAUCUUCGUAGCAACAAGGAUAGAUAGGAUGACUUGUUAGCACUGAUACAAGAUAUCUAAUAAAUAAUUUUUAAAUGUCUUUCUAUUGCAAUCAACUUGUAAGAUUUAAUUAGAUAUUAAUAUUAUGAUUAUAUAUAUUUUCAUUAAUUCAGUGUUUGAUUGCUAUUUUGGAAUAUAAAAUAAACAUCAGAUUAUAAACCUAUGU